UAAAUCAAACAAAAACUCGUUGCCAUCAUAACUAAAUCAUUUAUAACUUCCAGGAACACCCCCAAGGAAUAGGGGCAUUCAUCCAAUCUUUCAUGCCUCACUUUUUCUAAUUCAUAAAGCUAUAGGAAAUUAUAACCGAAUCGACUCACAACUGAUCGAUGUAUGGACGCUGGGCAAAUUAAAGCUCACCUGAUGUAUUUAUAACAAUAGUGUUCUGGUGGUUCAUCAAUACGUCAGAAGGGGAGAAAUUUACAUAGCGUGGCGGCAAUCGUCCCGUAUGCCGCCUUGGUACGAUACCUAAAUCACGGGGGAUUACUACCGAGAACCAGAUAUUCGGAAUUGUAUCCAGGCAAUCGGAGUUUCCAAACAUGUGGAAUGUCGUUGUUAUUUUGAUUUUCACUGGAGAUCUGGGAUUGAGUAUCAAGCCUGAUGAAAGCACCAAAGUUGCGGUUAUACCAGAAUGGUGGCAGUACCUACCAGAUGUUAUUUCAAGACUACAAGUGAAUUCUAUUGAGAUUGCAAAUCUAACAACGAAUUCACUUGAAACUCAGUACGACAAAAUUGAUGAAGUACAAAUGUACCUGAAUGAAAGUCAGAUUGACGUUAUCAUCGGACCAUGCAGCAAACCAAUCAAAAUUGCAGCGGAGGAAUUGCAGGUUCCAUAUUUGUGCACUACAUCUGACCCGGCACCGGAAAUUCGUACCUUUAAAAUACUUCCGGCUCUUACUGAUUUCAUAGAGGCAAUAUCUAAGCUUGUAUACAGCCCAUUUUUAAGGAAAGAAAAAGCAGAGCUAAAGGCCAUUAUCUAUGAUGGCAACAAAGGUUUUCAUUUUGAUGACGAUUUGUUAAACAACCGUUUGACCUCUAGAGUUUGGGUUAUGAAUGACGAAAACAUAGACACCAAAAGAAAAACCAUUACGCAUUCGUUAAUGCUCAUGCGUAAACACCUUAUCCGCGAAAUCCUUGUUCUUUGUGAUCCAGAGACUGUGAAACUACUUUUGGAGACGGCUUGGGAACUAGCUAUGAUGAGUCUGCCAUUUAGAUGGUAUUUUUACGAUCCUGCAUUCCAGCUGCGUGAAAUACUAGAAAACCUGCCUCGUUCUGAAAAUAGCUUUACAGUGUUUACUCUCAUGCCAGGCUUUGAACACGGGCGAAAUCUUGACCUGAACACUAUUUUGACAUUUGACGCCAUUUCUCUAAUUUCAAAGAUUUCCGAUAAUUCAACUUCCGGUGAAAAGCGACAGGUGAUCUGGUCAGCUUUAGAAAAAAAAUCCUUUCGAGGCCUGACCGGAAGUAUCCAUUUUGGAACUGGUCAUCAUCGGAUAAACUACAGUAUUAACAUCUUCCAUUUUAACGGAACAAAACAUUUCAAGCUAGGUUCUUGGUGGGCUGGGGACUCCCCCGAACUGAGAAUCGUUAAGUUAGAGAAUACUUCAGAAGUGCAGCGCUGGAGAGACAGAAACCAAACUUAUACGUUUCCGCUGAGAGGAAGAACGAUAAAAGUCGUCACUAUAAUUGAAGAACCAUUUGUGAUGUUCAAAAAGGGACACGAAAAUAGGACCGGAAACGACAGAUUUGAGGGUUACUGUGUAGAACUGCUACAGAAGCUUUCAGAAACUCUGGAUUUUAAGUUUGAACUUUAUCUCGUCCACGAUAACAAGUUUGGAGCGAGACUUCCGAAUGGUCAGUGGAACGGAAUGGUUGGAGAAGUUCUUGCUGGGAAUGCUACAAUGGUUGUGGCGUCACUUAGUGUGAACGCUCAGCGCGAGGCAGCCAUAGAUUUCACCAAACCCUUUAUGACGAGGUACGUCACCGUGAUUAUGAAGAUUCCAACGACACCGACAAAAAUCUUUGAAUUUAUAUCUCCUUUAUCGCGUACAAUUUACCUGUGUACCCUGAGUGCAUGUAUUGUUGUCGCUUGUAGUUUAUAUUUCUUUGAAAGAAACAGUGUAUAUGAAAAACGUGAAAAAGUCACUUUCAAAGGGUGUGUUUGGUAUACUUUUGGAACUCUUCUAGAGGGAGGUACAGAAGGUACACCAGCAACCACUUCCGGACGUAUUCUUAUGUAUACUUGGUGUUUCUUUGUUUUGAUACUUGUUGCUUCAUACACUGCCAACUGGGCGGCAUUUUUGACUGUUAAGAAAAUCAAAGCACCAGUUAAAUCAAUCUACGACCUCGCUUCACAAAAGGAGAUUCAAUACGGAACAGUGAAGAGUAGUGCCAUUCUUUCCUUCUUCGAAACUUCUAAUAUAGAGACCUUUCGUAAAAUUGGAACCGAGUUGGCUAAUAACCCCAGAAACAUUGUCAACACAUCGGCGGACGGGUAUCAGAGAGUGCGAGCAGGAAGGUAUGGAUUUUUCUGGGAUUCCACUGUUAAUUCAUAUAAAACUAACAAGGAAUGUCAGCUGACUACCAUUGGGCCCGAGUUUGCACCCCGUGGUUAUGGCGUUGGCGUCCCUCCAGGAGCCACUUAUUUAGAGGAAUUGUCAAUUAACAUUCUUCGAUUAGGUGACAACGGAUUUCUUGACCAAUUACAACAAAAAUGGUGGGGUGAGCGGAAGUGCCUCAGCGAUGAAGAAGAGGAUGAACAGAAUGCUAGGGGUCUAAAAUUAGAGAAUGCUGCCGGACUGUUCUUCGUUCUAGGGGCCGGGAUAGUACUAUCUGUCUUUGUGUUGUUUGCCCAGAACUUCAUAAGGACUAUAAGACCACAAAUCAAAACUGGCAAAAACGAAAAUGUUACUUAGCUUGUAAUAUAAUCAGAAAAUUGACUUUCAUUUAGUAAGCAUAUGAUGGUGCUCGAAAUAAUUGCAGCUCUCCAAGAGAGCAGUGGUGCCAGAGAGAGUGAGCGUAAUUUGAGUGAAUUGAUCAAAUUUUGACGGAAGUGAAGUAGAUACCGUGUAAAACUGGACACAAUGACAUCAUAAAUUGUAUGGUAUGUUGUAUAAAUACUGAUUUGUGGAAUGUGUGUAUUUUAUUUGUCUGCUGUGAAAUUACCGUCACUUCUCAUUAUCCAUCCGAUGUUUGACAAUGUGUUUAUGGAGUUAGUGUGACAAUUGUUUCAGUGCAAUAUUUACGUUUGACAAGGAUUGCUAUUAUUAGUUUUGUGUACUAGUUACU